AUGAGUUCUAAACCAAGGUUUAAGUAUGAUAAAAGCAAUAUGCUUAAGGCCAUAGAAGCAGUGAAGUCUGGUAGAAUAAAUCCAUUUAAGGCUUCACAACAGUUUAAUGUACCUCGCUCUACAUUAAGAAAAAUAAUAGAUGGUAAAACCUCUAUAGAUGUAAGAAUGGGCCCACCCCCAACCCUUAACCUUAAGUACGAAGAGUUAUUAGUUAACUGGAUUAUUGCCGUAGCAAAAAGAGGAUUUCCUAUAGUGAAAUAUGAUCUGGUCACCUCAGUUUCAAAACUUGUAAAAGAUUUAGAUAUUCCUAACAAUUUCAAAAAUGGUAGGCCAGGUAAAAAAUGGAUGCAAUUAUUUUUAAAACGUCAUCCAGAAGUGGCAGAACGAACAGUCGAAAAACUCACUAAAUCUCGAGCCUUAGUUUCUGAAAUGAAUAUACGUGGUUGGUUUUUACAAAUUGAACAAUAUUUUACACAGGAAAACGUUUUAGAUAUUUUAAAAAAUCCCCACCGUGUAUUUAACUGCGAUGAGAGUGGAUUUAUGUUAUGCCCUGAUGGACAAAAAGUUUUAUGUAUGAAAGGGGAAAAAAAUGUGUAUGAAAUAUGUGACAACAAUGAAAAAACAUCUAUAACUGUGCUCAUUAUGGUAUCAGCUGCUGCUGCUAUGGGUCCUCCUAUGAUUGUAUUUCCUGGUAAAAGAUUGCCAUCUGGAAUUGCUCAGACAGUCUGUGAAGAUUGGACUAUAGCUAAAUCCGAUAAGGGAUGGAUAACUGGAGAGGUUUUUAAUGAAUAUAUUGUCAAUUAUUUCCACCCAUGGCUACUUAAAAAUAAAAUAACUCUCCCAGUCGCAUUAUUUUUAGAUGGUCAUGUAUCUCACCUAACUUAUCAUUUAAGUAAAUUUUGCUCAGAAAAUGGAAUUUUUAUUCUAGCAUUAUACCCAAAUGCAACCCAUAUACUUCAACCCCUCGAUGUGAGUGUCUUUGGGCCACUGAAAAAAGAAUGGGCCAAAGAGGUUCACCAGUGGAGAAUGAGCAAUUCAGGCAUGUCACUUACAAAAAAAGACUUUGCUCCUAUGCUUGAGGGAGUGGUGAAUGGCAGAUUAAAAAAGGAAACAAUUGUAAAUGGUUUUCGUGCCUGUGGUCUUUUCCCAUGGUGUCCAGAUGCCAUUGAUUACUCCAAAUGUAGAACUGUCCAACAUAUUCAAACUGUGCAAAAUGGUAGUGAUUGUCCCACAUUGAAACAAAACUAUGCAGCAGGAAAUAAGUAUCUAGAAUAUCUAUUAGGUGGUGAUCUAGUGAAAACUUUCAAUGAUCCUAAAUUAGAUGUUAUAGAAUUAGAUGUAGAACAAAAAACUUUAUUUAAACUAUGGCAAAAAAGUCAAGUUUUGGUAAAUAACAUGGAUGUUUCUGUUUCUGUUGAUUUGGAUAAGGAAGAAACAAUCAAUGAUAUAAUUUUAGUAAAUAAUGAAGGUAAUAAUGCUAUUACAUUACCAACAUCUACUGAAAAAAGGCAAGAUGACUUAGCAAAAGCUAUAUCACCAUCAGAUCAAGGUACAAGUGUGCCAUCUCCUUUCAAAAGGAAUUUGCUAUGGCCUAAAUCCCCUAAAAAAACUGGGAAAUGUCGUCGACGUCUCAAUUUACCAGCAGUGGUCACGUCAAAAGAAUUUCGGGAGUAUGAAGAGAAUAAAAUGAAUAAAAUAAAAUUGAUGGAACAACAAAAAGAAGAGAGAAAAAAGAAAAGAGAAGAAAAACAAUUAGAUAAAAAUAAAAAAGUCUCUGAAAGGAAGAAACCAACAUGGAAUAAGAAUGAUAAAAAAGAUCAGGAAGUCAAUGAUGAAGAAGAAGAUUGGACGUGUAAAAUUUGCAAAGCUCGGUAUUCGUCGGAAAACAUUAGAGGUAUAAGCAGAAAGUGGAUUGAGUGUGAUGGCUGCAAGUGUCAAUUCCAUAUUGAUUGUGUACCAAAAAAACACUUAUUAGAAUUUGGUUCUGGACUUGAUGAGGAGUGUGAUAGUAGUGAAGAAACAGAAUUUAUUUGUCAGUUUUGUGUGACAUCUGACGACAUUAUUGAUACUAAUGACAGUGAUACUGAAAUGGAGGAAAUCGAAAAUGAUAUGUGA